AUGCUGUCCUCCUCCCCGGCGCCGCCACAAGAGGGCGCCGCCGCCCCCUCCUCCUGGGCGGAAGCCGCGUCCUCGGCGGCGCUCCGGCACUACCGCUCCCUGCCCAAGAAAGGGAAACCGCAGGGGCGCGAGUCCACGGUCCUCGCCGCCUUCCUCCUCUCCUCCCUGCAGGACCCGCACAGCCUCACUGUCCUCUCCAUGGGCACCGGCACCAAGUGCCUCGGCGCCUCGAUGCUCAGCGCCCGCGGGGACCUCGUCCACGACGCGCACGCCGAGGUCAUCGCUCGCCGCGCGCUGCUCCGCCUCGUCUACUCUGAGAUCGGCCGCGGCGCCCCGCCUGAGUGGCUGGUUGCUUCCGUGGAUGGUGGGAGAUGGAGGCUGAGGGAUGGGCAUUGCCUUCAUCUCUACAUCACCCAACUCCCAUGUGGAGUCAUGCCAGUACCGCUGUCACAGUCGGAGUUACCAAGGGAACAACUGGAUAGUGUGAAUGGAGAUAUUAGCUUUGUUCAGAGGAAGCCAGGGCGGGGUGAUACAACAUUAUCCAUGAGCUGCUUUGACAAAAUCACCCGCUGGAGUCUUGUAGGAAUUCAAGGUGCAUUGCUGUCACAUAUACUGGAACCCUUGUAUUUGUCCACCAUUACUAUUGGACAAUUACCUGAUGGUGCUCCUGAAGGGUUCUCUAUUGAAAAUAAUAUCAAGAAAGCUCUCGAUGCUCGCCUGUCCUCUCUAUCCAGCAAAUUGCCACCUCCUUUUAAAACUCAGAGGCCAAAGGUUUUUGAGGCACCUGUCCCACCAACAGAGUUUCAACAGAUUUCUGGAGACGUACCCCCCUUGACAUGCGGGUACUCGAUCUGUUGGAAUAAAUCCGGUUUGCAUGAAGUUGUCUUAGGAACAACUGGUAGGAAACAAGGAACGUCUUCAAAGGCGGCACAUUUGCCCUCCACCGAGUCAUUGCUCUGCAAGAGAAGACUGCUAGAAGCAUUCAUGUCCCUUGAACAUCCAUUGGUAGGGCAAUUCAAGUGUGAGGAGCUAUCUUACCGUGCACUAAAGGAUACGGCUCAUGAAUAUCGUCACACGCUUGAGCUCCUCAGGAAGGCCCCAUUUUUUGGCUGCUGGCGAGCUAAGCCUACAUUUGUUGAUUCGUUUGCAGUUUCACGGUGA